AUGUUUCGCAAAAUACAAAGUGGAUCGUUCAAGUUUAACAGAAUACCAGUUUGGUCUGCCGUUUUAAAACCAAAGGUAGACGCAGGUGCACGUUUCAGUAUGGCAACAGUUACUAAACAAUCAGAAAAUGAUAAUAAACAGCUUGGUCAUCUACAACUAAUCGGGAAAGAUGGAUCAAAGAACGAAAAUGACUUUAUUAAUAUGGUUAAGCAAAAGUUAUCGUUUCUCAACACGAAGGUGUACUUAAGAAAAGGAGAGAUAGAAAUCCUAAGUAACCCAUCAGAGUUUUACUCUACGUUAAAAGAUAAGAUAUCUGGGGCUAAAAAGAGAGUAUUUAUGGCUUCUCUAUACUUGGGGAAAUCAGAAAGUGAAUUAAUUUCUUGCAUUUCAGACUCUUUAAGGAAGAACGGCAACCUUAAGGUGUAUUUUAUGGUUGAUGGUCUAAGGGGAACUAGGGAAACGCCUAAUCAAUGUUCAGCUUCUCUUUUAGCUCAAUUGGAAAAAGAGUUUGGUGACAGAGUUGACAUAAGGUUAUAUAGGACACCUGAAUUUACAGGAUUGAAAACUCUCAUUCCAAAAAGAUUUAAUGAAGGGUUGGGUCUACAGCAUAUGAAAAUAUAUGGAUUUGACGAUGAAGUCAUUUUAAGUGGUGCUAACUUAUCGAACGAUUAUUUUACUAAUAGACAAGAUAGAUACUACGUUUUCAAAAACAAGUACUUAUCUGAGUAUUAUUUUAAAGUUCAUGAAUUGAUUAGCAAAGUCAGUUAUAGGGUUCGCUAUUCUAAUAAUGAGCAGAAAUUUGAAAUGAAGUGGCCCGAGUCUAACAUUGCCAUUGAACCUAUGAAAAAUAAACAUGAAUUCAUAAAACAAUGUAGUGGAGUCUUCGGAACGUUUUUGAAAGGUCAACCAUCAAUGGGUAACGGCCACCUGAUCAAUGAUUUCUCACAAUAUCCUACCAUUGUUUAUCCAGUUUCACAAUUUACUCCUUUAUUUCAUAAACAUAAUGACCUUUCUACCGAGAAACCAGGUAUUCUUUCCAUUCUUUCCUGCAUAUCAAAUCCUAUGAAUAAGUGGACGUUUACCGCAGGUUACUUCAAUAUGUUACCAGAAAUUAAAGAACGUCUAUUAGCUUCUCCGUCAGUAGAUGGGAAGGUAAUAACAGCCUCACCAUACGCCAAUGGUUUUUUCAAAUCAUCAGGUAUAUCUAAGCAUCUUCCAGACGCGUAUCUAUAUCUUUCAAAAACCUUUUUGAAAGAUGUCCAUAACUAUGGGAAGGAUAAUCAUAUAAAAUUAAGAGAGUGGAGAUAUGGGACGGUAAACCAGCCAAACGGUUGGUCCUACCACGCAAAGGGGUUGUGGAUAUCUGACCACAACAAUGACUCAAGGCCCUGCUUAACCAUAGUAGGAUCAUCUAACUACACAAGAAGGGCUUAUUCGCUUGAUAUUGAAACUAAUGCCAUUGUCUUAACUAAAGAUGAUGAACUGAAGACAGCUAUGCAAGCUGAAGUGGACAAUAUAUUGAAAAAUACAACAGAAGUUACCUUAGAUGUUUUUAAGAAUGACGAAGACAGAAAAAUCAGUCCAGGCGUAAAGCUUGCCACUAAGAUUCUUGGAGGGAGAUUGUGA